CUUCUCUCUCUCCCCCACUCCCUCCCAGCGCUGCCCGUCGUCGUCGUCGCCGUCUCGCCGCGUCUCCUCUCCGUCCUCGUCCUGGCACAGCUCUGCCCUCCCCGGUGCCGCCGUUCUCCCGUCUCGUCGCUUCUUCCUGCUUGCGUCUCGCGCCAGCGUGCAGGCUGGCACUUUGUCGCCACGCACGUCCUGGCGCCGCGCAUGUCCGCGCACGCUCUUCCUCUCGGGGUAAGGCUGUGCACGGCGCAUGCGCAAAGUCUCACAUGCGGUGCCCUGUUGCUUCGCAUUCCUGCGAGCAGACAUGCGGGACCGCAGAGACUUCUCCCUAACCCUAAGUCAUCUUGGCCGUGGCUUGUCGCUGCUGUUGCGUGCAUGCGCAUUGGUGGGCGGCAACACGGCCGGGCGCGUUGGCAGCUGGCCGCCUCCCGUCUGGGCGGGCCAAAUCAUAUGUGUCGCGCGCCCUCCCUCUCCCAAGCUGCUGCUCGGCUUCGCGCGUUCCUUCGUUGCUCGGACGCCUGUUCUUUGCGGAAAGGCCGCACAAGGGCGCGUGGACGAGCACGGCGAGAGUAUGCGUCUCCCCUCUCCCGGGGGGGAGAAGGCGUACUCUCAUGAAAAGGGGGGUCUUCUGCAAAGCUGUCUUUGCCCCCCACUCGUGCGCGGGUACUUCCUCUCUCAGGCUGUUAUCUGGCGGCGGACAACCCACAAAGACCUUUGGCGCGGUGCGUGGUUGCUGUGCUAGUUUGUGCGCUGGUCGUGCGGGGCGCAAGAAGGGAGCAAGGAUGAGGCAGGGAGACACAUGCGCGUCCGAUUGUCCUCGUCCACACGUGGG